AGGGCAGGGCUAGCGAGGGCGGGAGAAGUUGCAUAGCAAGAGGAGAUCGAGUGGAAGCAGACGUCUUGGCUGCCGUAUCUUUAAUCUAUUUUUUCUCGGCGCCAGCAAGUCCUGAUGGCUUCGGCGGCGCAUGAGGCAGCGAGGAGCCUCGAGGCAGGCAACCACAUCCACCAGCUCAAGGCUGGAAACGGUGGCGGCGGCGUCGGGCUGAGCAAGGAGGAGAUGCGCCACGGUCACGGUCACGGUCACGGUCACGGUCACGGUCGCACCGCCCACAACAUGUCGUCGUCGUCGCUGCGGAAGAAGUCGGAUCUGUCGCUGGUGUCCAAGGUGCGGUGGGGCCUCCUCCGCAGUUUCCUCACCAAUCUGCAGGAGAUCUUCCUGGGGACUAAGCUUUUCGUGCUCUUCCCCGCCGUACCCCUUGCCAUUUUCGCUCACUAUUUCCACUUCGGUCGCGCCUGGCUGUUUGUUCUGAGCUUGCUUGGCCUCACCCCACUUGCUGAGCGUGUCAGUUUUCUCACAGAGCAGAUCGCAUACUAUACUGGUCCGACUGUUGGAGGGCUUCUAAAUGCAACAUGUGGAAAUGCCACAGAGAUGAUAAUAGCUAUGUUCGCAUUGCAUCAGGGGAAAAUUGAUGUGGUGAAGUGCUCUCUAGUGGGAUCCAUCUUGUCUAACUUGCUGCUUGUUCUUGGAAGUUCCCUUUUGUGUGGGGGACUUGCUAACCUCGGUAAAGAGCAAUUAUAUGAUCGAAAGCAAGCUGAUGUGAACACUGGGCUUCUACUACUGGGUGCUCUAUGCCACUUGCUGCCACUGUUGUUCAGGUAUGCCUUGAACUCUGGCGAGCAUGUAGGUGCCACCGUUCCGACAUUAGAGUUGUCGAGAGCAUGCAGCAUUGUUAUGCUUCUUGCAUAUGCGGCUUAUCUUUUCUUCCAACUGAAGACCCAUCGCCAACUCUUUGAAUCGCAAGAGGGAGAUGAUGACAAUGAUGAUGUGAUCUCCGAAGAUGAGGCUGUCAUUGGAUUCCCAAGCGCAUUGGCUUGGUUAGCUGGCAUGACGGUUGUGAUUGCAGUACUGUCAGAGUAUGUUGUUGGGACCAUCGAGGCAGCUUCAGAAUCUUGGGGAAUAUCUGUGAGCUUUAUUAGUAUUAUCCUGCUACCAAUUGUCGGAAAUGCAGCGGAACAUGCUGGUGCCAUCAUAUUUGCAUUUAAGAAUAAGCUGGACAUUACUCUUGGAGUCUCCUUGGGUUCAGCAACUCAGAUUUCCAUGUUUGUGGUUCCAUUAAGUGUCACUGUGGCAUGGAUAAUGGGAAUUCAAAUGGAUUUGGAUUUCAAAUUAUUGGAGACUGGUUCACUCAUCCUAGCAAUAUUAGUGACAGCCUUCUCUCUGCAGGAUGGGACUUCGCAUUACUUGAAGGGACUUAAUCUUCUACUUUGUUAUAUAGCAAUUGGGGCAUGUUUCUUUGUCCUGAAAACACCAUCACAUCAAGCAAAUGACAUUAAUCUUGGUGUUUCAACUGCUAGAUCGAUGGUUCUGGAUGCCUAAUCAGCAUAGCGUCUCCAUGGGCAAAUAUUGCAGUGCUGGAAGAUACUAAAAUGUCUUUAAUUCCUCUUCAGCGCAAUCUGAGUGAAGGAAGCACAGCUUUGAACCCAUAAAUGCGAGGGCAUUAUUUUGUUCUUUAAAGGCUUAAUAAGUACAGGGACCAUUGCCGAAACGCGCUUAUAUUUAUCACCACUGCAUUUUUCCCCUCAAUUUGCCUUUUCCAGGCACAGAAAAAGUCCCAUGUGUUCCAUGUAUUGCGUGUUCUUUCUUAUGAUUCUAUUUAAUUGCGAGGUUGUUGAUUUCUUGUUUAAUUUCAA